CGCCAGCCAGGAGAGGGCAGAGUGAGCACGCCACCCCAGGGCAGUGUCACCCGCUGUGUCUCCAAGCGCUGCCUGUGCUGGAUCAUCCCAGGAGCCGCUAACCAAAACUAUGGAAGACCAGGAGAAUCAGUCUGACAGCGAGCACCAAGUGGACAAUGGAAAGAUUGAUAUGUCCUUGGAUGACAUCAUAAAGCUCCAGAAGGAUGAAAUUGAUGGUCAGCCAGUAUUAAACCGAACAACUGAACAGAGAAAAGCAAGAAAUGCUAAUUUCCAAGUCAAUAGGUAUUUGAAAGGCAUUCCAAAAAAUUACCAAGGACCGAACAGGAGUAAAUUAGGCUUUCAACAACAAGGUUAUUCUGGUGGUAAUCUUAGAAAUAGCAAAACAGGACCAGUAACUAGAAGAGCUGCAUCCCUAAAUGGAGUCAGUCCCCUAAACCGGAAUAAUACAGAAAUGAAGGGUACACAGAAAGCUGUUGGAAAUUAUACAAGCAGAGGAACACCAAAAAUACGAAGAGGCCCUCAGCAGCAGAGAAGAUUCAGGGCAACAAGUAUUCCUGUUCAGGUUUUAACAAGAAGUACAGUGAACGAACAAAACAGAAGGCCACAAUUCAAUCAGGCACAGAGACAGCAAAGGCCAUACAUAGCCAAUCAAAACAGGAGGCUAACACAACAAAAGGCAAAUUCUAUAAAAAGAAUGUCCAAUCUCAAAAAGUGGAAAACUGAAGAUGAAUUUGGAUCUACAUUAACUAUCUCUGUUAAUAACCCUAAAGCAAGGCAAAAUACAAUAUCUCCUAAGCCAAACAUUAAGCACCCAGGAUUGAGAUUCAGAAAAAAAGCUCAACCUGUACAUCCUUUGCCAAAAGGAGUUCCAUUAAGAUUCAACUUUAAAGCAAUGGCUAAUCAUACCCAUGUAACACUGAAUGAAAGAUUCUCCUCUCUGAAGAUUAGAGGGCAAUUUACAACACCAAGAAGAGGUGCACGGACAGUCACACUGGCCUAGAGUUAUAGGAUAUACAUGUAGUCAUGACUGUGAUGCUCUAGGGAAUUGCGCCACUACAGAAAUCUCUGGGGCAACAGGGAGCUCACAGAGGGUAACCUAUAGUUCUCAGAAAAGAACAGAACUCACCUAAAACACCUCCCUCUUUUCUUACCCACAGCACUUUUGUUCAUAUUAUUCUUUUUUUCCUAUAAUCAUUUGUUGACCCCUUUUCUAUGGGUCCAGUAAAGCCUAACAUUGUAAGUGGCUUGUUUAAGGCUCAGAGCUUUCCCCAGUGCACACAAUUCCCAUCAGCUCCUGCUGAUUUCCACAUACUCCAUUCUAUAUUUCCAAUACUGUACAGGCUUAACACUGACGUGUGUCACAUGGUAACCUCAUAUCUAGGCACAAUGUUUUUAUGGCUUUUAAGGAUUACAAAUGGUCACCCCACAACUUGUUUCCCACUCUGUUUUGUCAGUGUCUUUUUACACCUCAGAUGGGAACUGCACAAACAAUUAUUUUUAAUUGGAAUGCUUGUUAUAAAUAAAUAGUAUGUGCAGGUA